CCACCGUAACGCUGCGGUGAGGAGCUGCACUGCUCAGCACCUGGAGAGACUGGCUGAGGUCAUGGGGAUGGCUCGUCUCCUGUCGGGGAAGAAAGACCUCACUGACCGUUUCUUGAUUGCCGUCAGUAAACUGGCUGUGGACCCUGCACAGGAAGUCAGGCAUCAUGGUCGCAAUAUCUUGAGAAACGUGGCCCCCAAUGGCGACUUUGCUAAAAUGUGGGACAAAUUCGCUCCGAGGAAAGAGCGAGAAUCCUUGAGGGAGGUCAUCUCAAAGGUUAACCUCAAAGAAAGGAAUAUCUGAAUAAUCCCCAACUUGACUAUAUGUUUGUAUCUAAAUAUUUGCACAUUUCCCAACUUGACUAUUAUCGCCUCCAGUCCCCAAACUCUAAUAUUUUCGCUCAUUCUAAGAAAUUUGACACUAUCAUCCAAACCCCCAUGUAAAUGCAUCUUUAAGCUGCAUCGACUCCCUGUCCAAGUCCUGAAUUCACUAUAAGGCAAUAUGAACCACAUUCAAAGCACUAAAUGACCUUUCCUCGAAGCUCCUAUCUGAUCUACCAGCUCAAUAGUGGUCUACUGAAACCAUACUCACCAUCUCAGGGGGUGCUCAGAUCAUCAACCACUGACCUCCACACCAUCCUCAAAACCAGCAGUCCUCUUUUGGAGGCAGAUUGGUCAGUGCUCCUGUAUGGCACCAACAUUGUGGAUUUUCAUCCAAUGCUUCUGGACUAUGAGAACAUUCUUUGGACAAUAAAAUUAGGUAAAAUGGAA